AUGUCGAAAUCACAGCUCAGCCGUGCCUGGCAUGCGAGACAUACGCAUGGUCAGAACUCAAAGCCCGUUGAACCAAUCUUUCUCACGUCCAUUCUCAGGGGCAGUCCACACUACCAGCCAUAUGAACAUCAACCCCUUGACACAGCAUCCUUUCGAAUUCUGCAACUGCUCCCAGCAGAUAGAUUCGAGGAUGAUCUCGAGUGUGAGAUCCAAUGUGUCCGCCUGCCAGAAAGUAGUGCGCAAAAAGUGGCAUACACGGCACUGUCUUAUGUAUGGGGUCAAGAGCCGGUCAGCUGCGCCGUGGUCGUCCAAGGCAAGCACAUAUUGAUUCAGCCCAACCUUGAGUCUGCCCUGCGACACUUGCGCCGACGCAGCGGCACUUUUCCGCUCUGGAUUGAUGCGCUAUGCAUCGACCAGUCCAACACUCGGGAGCGAAAUCAUCAAGUCCAGCACAUGCGUGACAUUUACGAAGCAGCCGAGGAAACCAUAGUCUACCUCGGUGACCAAGAUGGGGGCAACACUGGCAUAUCGGCUUGGAACUACCUGGGGAGAAAUAGCCCCUGGGCGCUCGACGAGACGGGACAAAAGUCCUUUGACUUUCCUUCAAAGCUGAACGACCUGACCAACUUCCGGGGCGGUAUACAAGAUAUUUAUAGCGAUAUCUUGCCGCGUGUCUGGUUUAGUCGCGUGUGGGAGCACUAUUUGCCAUCCUGGUACAAGGAGGCGAGCGAGGGUGCCACGACAAACUUGCUCGACAUGCUCGUGGGGCAUACAAGGGGCCUGGUAGCUUCGGACCCGAGAGACAAGGUCAUUGGUCUCCUGGGGAUAUGCUCUGGCUUUGACUGGCAAUCCCACAAUACAGUCGACUACAAUCUGACGACGAGGCAAUUCUACACGAAAUUCGCUGCCGACUUUCUCCGUGCCAAACAAGACUUCAGAAUAUUCAGCUACAGGAACAGUACACCAUUCUAUUCAUGGAUCAUCAGGCUACAACAAAAGUUCAAUGAAUUGGAUACUCGAUACGUAGUAGUUGGCAAAGAGUUGGCUGCGAUGGAAGCAAAGAACCCUGCUCAGUUGGCCCAAAGUACUCUUCCCAGGGAGAAAGAAUGCCUGCUGGGCCUCGCCACGACUUUGAGAUCCAAUUACGGCGAUCUUUUUGACCAAUUCAAAUUCGAGGAUGCAAAGAAGCAGAUGACAACACCGUCAUGGGUUCCGAAUUGGCAAAACGUAUCCCCGGACCAAUUCUACGAGGCCAGGCCCAUCAUUGAGGCAGAGGUUGCCCUCGAGUUCUUUUCUCCAAGCCAGACGCAACCGAGCAUGUCUCCGGAAGCCAAACUUCUCUCCAGUUAUGCAGAUUUGCUUGACGCAAACGCACACCGCGAAAUCGACCCACGCAUACCGAGUAAUAAAAUUUUCAAGCUUGCUGGCUUCUGGAAGGCCUUUGGCGCCCCCAUGGUGUUGGAACAAUGGCACUUUCUGCAACAGCGUAACAACAGAUUAGCCUAUCACCUCAAUUCUCAGCUCAGCUUCAAGAAUUAUAUCGACUUGGCCGAUAAUCCGCUUAAGCCCGGAUCAAUCGAGUACCACCUGGUCGAGAGCAUUCCGGACAUGAUGUUUCCGAAUGCAGAACAAAGGGGUAAAAACAUAACCAUUUUCCAAGAUAGGACAAUUGGAAUGUAUCGGUCAGCCUCGCCUGGUGAAUUCUUUGGGACUCCCUCACCAAGCUAUUCAGCCAAGUCACCUAGUAGCAUCAGCGGCGACUCGGAGCUGACCAAGAAAAAGGCAAUUCCAAAUCUUCUGCACAGAGUAAAGGGCAAAGCUAGAGAGUAUCGUGAGCACGCUCGGCAAAAAAGCCAUGCCAAGCAAGACAAGCUCGCUGCGGCCAAUAUGGAAUGGACACCGCUGAUUCCAGAUGGCAUUGCUCUUUUUCCUCUCGAAGUCGAAUUUGGCGAUUUGAUCGUCUACUUUCCCGGUGCUACGGUUCCCUUUGUCGUACGCCCGCUGAAAGAUUCAUCAAAGGAGGGCGGCGCCAAUCCUGCGGCUUCGCCAGCGUGGUUGAAAUUCGGUCACGACAUCAAGGAAUAUGUGCAUUGUGAAUUGGUGGGCGAAUGCUGGAUCAAUGAUUUCCCCAGAAUGGAGCAAGAGAUUGACAACCUUGAUUGCCUUUUCCAUAUCUACUAG